AUGGCGACAGGUCAGCGGAGAUUUCUGCUCGUCGUGGUGGACUACUUUUCGAAGUGGGUGGAAGCCGAGCGGCUUGCAAGAAUAACCGAGCAUAUGCUUGACCACGCCGGAGGCAGCUGGGUCAAUAAGCUCCCCAGUGUGUUGUGGGCCCUUCGUAUGACCCCGAAGGAGGGAACCGGCAUAACCCCCUUCCACUUGGUAUACGGGGGCGAAACAGUCAUCCCCGUGGAGGUCGGGGUAGAAUCUGAUCCGGUGCAGUACUACAAUGAAGGAAAUGCCAAAUGGAGACUCAUGGAACUCGACUUGAUGGACGAAAUACGGGCUAAAGCAGCUGUUUGGCUAGCAGUGUACCGACAACGAAUGAAGCAGAACUACAAUCGGAGGGUGAUCUCGAAGUCCUUCUAG